CCAAUGAAAUUAGAAUGAAAUUUCUUCUCUGGGCGCUCAAUUUGAUUAGUUUUACCGUACAAUUUAACGAAAAUAUCUGAUGUGAAAGCGGACAAUUGUUCAUGCUUGCUGCAAAUUUUGGAGCAGCUUUGCUGUCAACCUUCUGUAUAGGCUUCGAUGGAUUCAUUAAAACAUCAACGAGACACAAUUGAAUCCUUGAUAAGUUUUUACAACGAUGACAGGUUCUGUGAUGUUACAAUUAUUUGCGGUGGCAAUGAAGAAAGAGCAUCAGAAGUAAAAGUGAAUUCGAUAAGUAUACUUGAGCAUGACGAGAAUAGAGACUGGUGCGCGUCACCAUCCAGUUCCUCGGACGACUACAACUCGUUGCCGAUGGGCGGAUCAGUUGGACACAACCGAAGCUCUUCGCCUCCUGUGACGUCAUUACAUCCAAAGAGACAGAUCAGAUGUCACCGAGUGAUGCUGUGUGCUCAUAGUGACUACUUCUGCGCAAUGUUCAACGCUAACAUGCGAGAGGCGUCGGAGUCGCGAGUGGUGCUGGAGACAAUCACUUAUGACACAAUGAAAACUAUUGUUGACUUCGUUUAUCACGGUGAAUUGAAAUUGUGUGGGGAUAGUGUUUGGGACAUUCUGCUAGUGUCCAAUUUCCUCCAGAUGUCAUCUUUAGUCUGUAUCUGCAGUGACUUUAUUGCCAGCUCAAUCUCUCUAUCCAACUGCAUCUCCUCAUUUGACAUUGCAUCAAACAAUAAUCUAUCCCAACUGAGCGAUAUUACAUUCAACUUCAUACUGGAUUCGUUCUGCGAAAUCAUGGAAGUGCAUGGUGAAGAAUUCAAUGACACUGUUUCUGUUGAUGCUUUGGAAGACAUUGUCAGAUCAGAGAGACUGAAUGUAAAAAGUGAACUGCAAGUGUUGCAAGUGGUGAUGGACUGGGCCGAUUAUGACGCAUCAGAGCGAGGUGUCUUUUUGCAGCGUCUUCUAUUGAAUGUCCGAUUCCCCUACAUAGACACUGAUGCUCUGACCACAAUUUUGUCUCAUUACUUUGUACUGAAGCAGAAUUCGGAAGCGCAACUAUUUCUAAGCGAAAAAAUCUGCGAACUUGCCGAUUUUGUCCUCAAUUGUGAUCAGUCGGCCGAACUCCCGCGACCCUCUACUCUAGAUCAACUGGUGGUCGUCGGUGGUAUGGAACCCAACUCUUCAGGUGCUAAUAUGAUGGAGAAGCUGGAUUGCCGAUUGAACAAGUGGGAGAGAGUGGAGACUGAAAUGAGCAGAGCUCAAGUCAUGUUCGGCGCAGUGGUGCUAGAGGACCUCGAUGAUAGGAACAAUAGUAGCGGGACGAACAAAAUCAGUAGUAGGCUGUAUGUGGUCGGAGGAAGACAGAACUUGAGGACUAUAGGACAUGUGGACUGCUAUGACAGUAAGGGUCACCUGGUUGACCAAGAACAUCCACGAAUGAUCACUUGCAGACAAGGUCUCUCUGUCUGCGUACUGGGAGGUAAACUCUUUGACAACAACAACAGCAGCAGUAAUGACGACAGAAGAGUAUUCGCCAUUGGAGGCCACGAUGGAUGGAACUACUUGAACUCGGUGGAGGCCAUAAAUGUCAAUGAACUACAGGGUAAAGCGAAGGGAGGGUGGGUUUCAGCAAAGAGUAUGAAGUCUACGAGAGCAAAUAGUGGCUGUGCCGUCAUUGGAAAAAUUAUCUUCGUGUGUGGAGGAAGAGAUGGCAGCUACGUGCUCUCUUCAGUUGAGAGGUAUGACUCAUUGGAAGACAGAUGGACUUACUGUGCUGCCAUGCAUGUACAAAGGGCCCAUGCAUCAGUGGCAUCUCUGUCCUCUCUUUUAUAUGUAUGUGGGGGUACCACCUCUCACACUCAAUCGCUGUCACAGUUCAACCGCUGCACUGCGCUGGACUCGUGCGAAAGAUAUGACCCAGUGGCUGAUCUGUGGACCUACAUUCAGCGUCUUCCUUGUGUCCGUAAAAUGAGUGGCUGUGGUGUACUAGGAAAUCAACUGUACAUCGUGGGGGGACUAGGUCCCCCUCCCCCUUCCUCAUCCUCUGAGGACUAUCAGUCGGUCACUUCAGAAUUGGAUUCUUCCUCGUCGUCAACUUCUGUCUUCAGAUACAAUCCAAACACUAACAAGUGGAGUCAGGUGUGCGAGCUCGAGUAUCCACGUGUGGGUGCGCGUUUAGUUGUGCUACCGAAACAGAAGUAACUGUGCUUGGUUCAAACAUCUGCCAUUAUAGUCUUUUGUAUCUGUUAGCUAAUCUGAUUUUUUCUACAAAACAGAAAAAUGAUAGCAAAUUUAUAGUUUUAGAAAAGUUUGACAUGAUAUCAGUAUUUAGCCAAGGUUUUUAUUCAUCUAGUGGCCUAAUUUAUCUAUGAAUUUGACCAUAUCUUUUUAAAUGUUAACCUGGACUAGAUCCAUUUUGAUUGAAGUCCGAAAUUACUUUUUAAUUCUAUUUUUGAUAUUCACGUGAAGUAUGCGGUUUUAAAGUUUUUGAACUACGAAAGGUCAUUGCAACAUUAACUCACAUUUUCGCAUUAAAACUUUUUCACAGGAUUCGACUAC